UGCCGGAGAGGACUCAAGCGCGUUUAUAGACGGCAGCACGUACGCAAAUUUGGCGUUUGAUAUAAAAGUGAUUGUUGGCAACUUUAUCAAAAACAGUCGGCAUUAAGUAAUUGAAUACGCUAAUUGACGAAAUUUAAUUUAACGAAGUUACAAAGCCUUUAAAGGACAGCACUAAAAACUCGCAUUUUAGCUUACCUUUUAUCAAAAAUUGUUGUGAAAAAUGCUACCCGUUCGGUAUACGACAUUCCUCCAUUUGCUACUUGCGGCCGCAGUGCUGAGUGGCGUCACACAGGCGCGCCAGCUGCGCAACUCGGCGCGUAUCGAGCAGGCCGAUGGUGCCGAUGGCGAGGUGGCUUUGGUAAAGGAAGUCUAUCCAACGCCAUAUCCUGCCGCCGGUUAUAGACCUGGCCGUGCAUUCAAUCUGCCAAGCGAAGCUGAUGACGAACCAACGGAAGGCUCCGGUAUCGCUGACACCACUACCGUAUUGCCGGCGGACGAGUAUACCACUACGUCGGAGAGCGUUGACGAUGGCACCACUACCACACCCUAUAACUGGGUACCUGCUGAGCUGUCGAGUGAUGACGUUGCUAAGCAAGGGCGCGCAGCUAAGGCACCAUAUCCAGCUGCUGGUUGGCGUCCAAGCCGCGCUUUUUUGUUACCAACUGAAAUUAAAGCCAUAGAAGAAGCAAGGGCCGCUGCCGCUGCAGAAGCUGCUGUGCCAAACGAUAAGGAUAUUGUGGAUGCGCCCACAAUCAGCGCUGAGGAAGCUGUUGCACCAAACGAUAAUGAUAUAGUGGAUGCGUACGAAACCAGCACUGCCACACCGCUUGCGCCCUUCACAACGCAGCUACCCAGUGUUGCUGAAGCGGCAACUGAAGUGGACGCUGUGGAUGCUGUAGCGGAGGGUGCUACACCAACCGCUGCCAAACCAACAGCAGAUAAAGCACCAUAUCCACCAUCCGGCUGGCGUCCAAGUCGUGCUUUCCUAUUGCCCACCGAGGUCGAAUCCGCCAAUCAGGAUUCCAGCAUUACUGUGAAUGAACCUGAGGAUCCAGUGUCGCCCGCCGACAAGGCUGGUCAUCCUGCUUGUGGCGUUAGCGACAAUCCGGUAGCGCCAAAGCCAGAGGAAGGCGCCAAAGAGAAUCCGGACGCGGAGCGCGUCUAUGUCACAGCGAACCUGGCGCCGGACGUGGUGAAUGCGCCGCUGACGUUACCGAUAUUAUUGCGUUCACAACGCUUGAUCACACCGCCCAUUUAUGUGCCCGCUGAUCGCUCCUACGCCUACUCCGCCCGUGUGCAGAGCUGGCGCUAAGGUGCACACUGCAAUAGUAUUCACAUAAAACGUGUUUGUAGUAAGCGUGUGGAAUUCUUAACUUUAAGGCUGAUCGUUUUUUAUAACCUUUACUUGUUGGUAUAUAAUUUUAUAGAAAAUUAAAAAAUACAAAAAUAUUUUAAUAAA